AUGAGGCUUUCUGGACUGUGGUCUGCUAUAUCCCUCUUUACAGCCGCCGCGGCUCAGACCAUUAGUGGCCUGACCUUUGACAGUCAAGAUGUUGUGAGUAUCAUUUGGGGCUUUGACGGUGUAUUAUCGGCACCUUACGACCUCUGGCUUUGUGCUGGAGAUGAAUCUACAGGUGAAUAUGAAACACUAGUGCAAGUUAUUAAAGAUGUUUCUUAUACAUCUGGUGACUGGGUGUCAUUUCGGGUUGAUCAAAGCGUCGGAGGAAAUGACCCAAACGCAUACUUCCUAAAGAUUGUUCCAUCCAACACGGAUGCACCAUCUGGGAUGACAUCCCAUUUCACUCUAACCAACAUGAAAGGCACUUUCUCCACCAAGGUAGCUGAUGCGGUCAAGCUCAUGCAACCUAUUCCCAUAUCAUUAUAUAUGGUAGACGACUCCAAUCUCCUUGAUCCCCCUGAAGCCACCCGAAGUUUGAAUGCAUCCCAGUCUACUUUGGAGUUCCCAGUACCUACUUCAGGCGAUGAGCUAGACCGACAUGAACUGCGAAAGCGCUUGGCUGUUGAUCCCCAUACGAUCCCAUACGGAGAGCAGAUGGGCCGGACCAAGUAUGCUCCCAUGCCGAAGAGAGCGGGCAGCACCAUCGCGAACAAGCCAGCAACACCUCAAUACCCACCUUUUCCUUUUUCUAUCGCCACCACGUAUCUCCCUGCUCCCACUGUGGAUUAUACAGAUACCGCAUACGCGACAUGGACAACCCACAGUAUAGAGAAUACGGCGGCCCCGGCUGCGAUGCCAACAUUAGACAAGAGGAUGCAAGAUUGGAUGGAGCGUCGAAAUAUUUGA